AUGGGCCGGGGGCCAAGUAUUUUGAGGUUUGACGCGUUUUCCAAGACCGUUGAUGACGCGCGCAUCAAGACGACGUCGGGCGGGAUAUUGACGCUGGUUUGUAUUUUGACGACGCUGCUGUUGCUGAUCAAUGAGUACGCGGACUAUUCUCGUAUAGUUGUUCGGCCAGAGCUUGUUGUUGAUCGGGACCGGCAAAAGAAGCUGGAGAUCAACCUGGACAUCAGUUUCCAGAACAUUCCGUGCGACCUGCUCACGCUCGACAUCAUGGACCAGUCGGGAGACCUGCAAUUGGACCUGCUUUCGUCCGGGUUCAGCAAGAUCCGGCUCGAUCGUCAGCAGAACGAGAUUGGCCAGGAGGACAUGAACGUGAACCACGAAACGAAGCUUGUUUCUGAGGACCCGCAGUACUGUGGCUCAUGCUACGGCGCGGUGGACCAGGGCAACAACGACAACCUGCCGCAGGACCAGAAGAUCUGCUGCAACUCGUGCGAGUCGGUGAGACAGGCGUAUGCUCGCGUGGCAUGGAAGUUCUACGACGGCAAGGACAUUGACCAGUGCGAGAAGGAAGGGUAUGUGCAACGCGUGAACGACCGGCUGGACGAAGGGUGUCGUGUUCGUGGAGUUGCUGAGAUUGCGAGAAUUGGCGGCAAUUUGCACUUUGCUCCAGGAAACUCAAUGAACCACAGAGACAAACAUAUCCACGAUUUGUCGUUGUACGACAAACACCCGGAGAAAUUCAACUUUGACCAUACGAUCAACCACUUUUCGUUCGGCCUGGACGACCACAGCGUCGCCGACUACAAGACGACGCAUCCAUUGGACCAAACGUCGCACAAGAACGGCAAAAAGUACCAGGUGUACUCGUAUUUCCUCAAGGUGGUCAACACCAGGUACGAGUUUCUGAACGGCAAGAAGGUGGAAACAAACCAGUUUUCCGCCACCGAGCACGACCGGCCGUUCAGGGGCGGCCGUGACGACGACCAUCCCAACACGAUCCACGCCCAGGGCGGGUUGCCAGGAGUGUUUUUCCAUUUUGAAAUCAGUCCGCUGAAAAUUAUCAAUAGGGAGCAGUACAACAAGACAUGGAGCGCGUUUGCUCUGGGCGCUUGUGCGGCGAUCGGCGGUGUGCUGACGGUGUUCUCGCUGCUGGACAGAACGAUUUGGGCGGCUAAUCGGUUGCUCAAGGAUAAAAAAGAUAUAUAA